AAGGCGAGACCGGGAAAACUGACCGCAAUGUGAACGAUCAAACAUGCAGCUGGUGGAGGACAAGAAGCCGCAACUACGCGUGUGAAUGCAGAAGCGAUCGACGGAUGUUUCGGAGAUGUGGUCAGCACGAUCCUUGUAGUUGACGAAACCCCAAUUGCAUCGAUGCCGGUGUGAUAUUUCCUUUGAAUCGCGUGAACAUUGUCUCCUCGUCUUCUUCUUUGACCAAAGACAUGAGACGAAGUAACCCUAAAUAGAGACCGGAGAGCUGCCUGCCUUCCCCAAUCUACCAUUCCCGUGUUUAUGUUCGAGAAGUUAAAAAGCAAGGAAUUUUCUUCUUCUUUCGCGUUCAGCUCCGAUCUUCUCCUCUGCUUCUGUGCACUCCGUAUUCCGAAGGUUAGGGAUUUUGAGUUUGAUUCUGGGAGGCGAAAGAGGAGGGAAGGAUGAAGUCGCCGCUGAGAAUGUUUCGAGGCUUGAAGCUUGGCAGGCAGGAGGCCAAGGAGGAGAAGCAGCAGCAUCGGCCCCCGAUGAAUAUGGACGAUCUUAUCCAGGCCACGCAGGAUAUGCAGGAUAUGAGGAGCUGCUGUGAUAGCAUACUGUCUGCAUCAGCUACUACUGCUAAUAAUGCACAUGAGUUCUCAGAAGCACUGGAGGAACUGGGCACCUGUUUACUUAAGAAAACUGCAUUAAAUGACGAUGAAGAUAGUGGUAGGGCUUUAAUGAUGAUGGGAAAAGCACAAUUUGCUCUGCAGAAAAUUUUUGAUGUCUAUCGCAUCCAUAUCUUACGGACAAUGGAUAAGCCAUCAAGGUCCCUUCUUAGAGAGCUCGAAGUUGUAGAGGAAUUGAAACGUCUUUGUGACAAUAAAAGAGAGAUCUAUAAAAAUAUGUUAGCGGCACAUAGAGUCAAAGGGAGAUCAAAGUGUUCUAAAUCUGAAUCUAUCUCAUCAAAGGAGUUGCAAGAAGCUCAAGCCAAUUAUGAAGAAAAGGCAGCCUUAUUUGUUUUCCGAUUGAAAACAUUGAAGAAAAAUCAAUUUCAAAGUCUUCUUAAGCAAGCUACUAGCCACCAUGCUGCACAGCUUAGUUUCUUCAGGAAAGGACUGAAGACUCUUGAGAUGGUUGAAUCAUAUGUUGGAGCAGUUGCUGAGCGACACCAUAUCGAUUACCAGUUUAGUGAUCUUGAAUAUCUUGGCUUGGACUAUGAUGAUGAUGGUGAUGAUGGUGGUGAUAACUAUUGUGGUUAUGAUGGCAGUGACAACAGGGAGCUAAGUUUUGAUUAUCGAAAAAAUUUCCAAGAAAAAAAUGUUAUUUAUACAUCUAGAAACUCCAUAGAGGAGAGUCCUGAGAAAAGCCAAUUAGAUAUGCAUUGGAGACCUGGGUAUUGCUGCCAAUCAGCACCAAUUUUUGCUGUUAAGAAGCCUGAUUCAACAGAGAAGAUAGGAAAACCAUCCUUAUCAACUAGAAAGUUUUGCUCUUAUGUUCUACCUACACCAGUUGAUGAUAGACCUCCAGAAUCAAGUCCCAGUACUGCUCCUUACCUUGAAACAAAGGGUAGUUGGUCAACACCACUGUGGCAUUCAUCUCCAUUAGAGGCCAAAAACACUGUAAAAGAUUUCAAGGAGAGUGAAUUGCCCAAUCCCACGAAGUCUUUAAAGAACUCAAUACUUAGAGAGAGCAAUAUUUAUAGUGGGCCCAUCAGUAUGCCAUCUUAUUUCUCAGAGAAGCUGUCAGUGCCACAAUAUAAUCGGCAAACAGCUUUCGGUAUGAAUAAUUUAAAACGACAAGCCUUCUCUGGUCCAUUGAGGAGCAAAUCAUUUUCAAGCAAACCUCUAUUUUCUUCUCCUGAUUAUAGACCUGUGGAAUUUCCCUCUGUAGUCUCUUCAGCACCCCAACAUAUGUUGAAACCUCAAUCAUAUGUUUCUCGAAAGGUGUCUCCUAAAACCUCAUCACCUCCUGUUUCAUCUAUAAAAAUCAGUGAGCUUCAUGAACUUCCUAGGCCUCCAGUUGAUUCAGAGAAGACAACAGGGCUAUCCAAUUUGGUUGGUUAUUCUGGUCCCUUGGUCUCUAAAAGCCAAGUGCUUACUGCAAGAAGGAAUAUGCCAUCGGAUUUUUCAUAUAAGGCAUCACCAUUGCCACCACCUCUUGAACCUAUGGACCGCAGUUUCUCAAUACCUUCUAAUAGUCAAAGAAUACCAAUACCUACAGUUGCUAGGUUGUUGGUGUCUCCUUGCAAUCCAGUCACAAUAGAAGAAAUCACUUCACCACCUCUCACACCUUUAUCUCUGGUGACAAGACUUCCGGUAUCAACAAUUUCAUAACCGAUUGAUUCAGUUACAAAAAAAAGGAUACAUGCGAUGGAGCACUGCUGUCACCACUCAUAUAUCUUCGUGCGGUUUGGUGUAAAUUGCCUGUGCAUUCCUAGGUCCUGAUAAGUAUAAGUUCCCUAAAAUACCGUUGUUCAUCAUAUCAUAGUUCGGUAUUGAGCCGACAUUAACUGACGUUACUUUUCAGUCAUAGCCAUUUAGUUUGGACUUGUAGAUAGAAAAUUUUCAUUUUUUUGAAGGAUGACGAGUACCGAUGGGUCAUGCCGUCCAAAAGAAUUUUGAAUGUCAUUUGUUUGUCCAGUAUUUCAUUGAAAUUAAUAGGUUGAAACACUUUCCUGUUUCAAAUAA